CUAAUUCAGUCUCAGUGCCCAGUGCGAGGGGGUGUGUUAUUGUGCGGAAAGUAAUUUUUCACAGCUAUACUUUCAUUCAAAUUUCGUCUAUUAGACAAUUUACCAGACGUAAAUAUAAACCUAUUUCUGUUUAUGGACUGAUUUUUAACAACUAAAUAUUUUUUGUCAUAUUUACCACGAGGCAUUUUUAUCGCAAUUACUUUAGAUCAAGUCGCCGUUGCUUUAUUUGAUCAAAGCUCAUGCUCUAACGGUUUAUUAUUAUUAUUAUUAUUAUUAUUUUUCUUCUUCUUCUUCUUCUUCUUCUUCUUCUUCUUCUUCUUCUUCUUCUUCUUCUUCUUCUUCUUCUUAGCUGUUACAUUUUAACCACCGAGAACAUGAAAACUAAAUUUCUUAACGGAGUGUCGUCCUCUCCUUCAAUGUCUUUGGGGUUGCUCGUCAGCGCCAAUGAGAUCCACGUACAGUCGGAUUCUCAGGCCCAACACAAAGACAUUAGACCAGAGGAACCCGACCUGCAAACUAAACGCAAGGCGUAUCUCUGGUGCAGAGAAUUUCUCCAUGGUGCGUGGAGAAUUCUGAAUGAAGAGGCGUUCCAGAUCAGCAUAAUAAGGGGAGGUCUCAGCAACAAGCUUUUCCUUUGCUCUUUGCCAGACACCCUGCAGAGUGUAGAUGAUGAACCCAGGAAUGUGCUGCUUCGCUUGUAUGGUGCCAUUCUGCAGAUGUCCUGUAAUAAAGGGGAAUCCAAACAGGCUAACAAAGAAAAUCAUUUUCAAGGAGCUGAAGCCAUGGUUCUGGAGAGUGUCAUGUUUGCUAUCCUGGCAGAGAGGGCACUGGGCCCAAAGCUGUAUGGGAUCUUUCCCCAGGGCCGACUGGAGCAGUUCAUUCUUAGCCGGAGGUUAGACACUGAUGAGUUGGGCUUACCUGAGUUGUCUGCAGAGAUCGCUGAGAAAAUGGCCAGAUUCCAUGGAAUGAGGAUGCCAUUUAACAAGGAACCAAAGUGGCUGUUUGGGACGAUGGAGAAGUAUUUAAACGAAGUCAGGAGAAUAAGCUUCACCAGAGAAUCUGACGUAAGAAAAUUUGCCAGACUCAUAAACUACAAUUUGCCACUGGAAAUGGAAAACCUAAUGACUUUGCUUGAAUCCACACCUUCCCCUGUGGUUUUCUGUCACAAUGACUGCCAGGAAGGUAACGUCUUGUUAUUGCAAGGCAGGGAGAAUUUGGACAGACAGAAGCUCAUGUUCAUUGACUUUGAAUACAGCAGUUACAACUACAGGGGGUUUGAUAUUGGAAACCAUUUCUGUGAAUGGAUGUAUGAUUACACCUAUGACAAGUUUCCAUUCUUCAAAGCCAGCUUCAAUAAUUACCCAACCAAAACACAGCAGCUUCACUUUUUCGCUAGCUACCUGGCUGAGUCUGACAGCGGAUUUGAGAAUUUAAGUAAUGAAGACCAAACCAAACUACAAGAAGAAAUGCUGGUGGAAGUGAACAGGUUUGCCCUGGCGUCCCAUUUCUUCUGGGGUCUGUGGUCCAUCAUACAAGCCAGAAUCUCCUCCAUCGAGUUUGGAUACAUGGAAUAUGCAUUGGCAAGAUUUGAUGGUUACUUUGAGCAGAAGAGGAGGCUGGGGGUGUGAAUUACAAAAGUGACCAAGAAGUGAAAACAGUUACACAGGGGGGGGGUGCAUUUGUUGUGGGAGGCAGAGUCCAGCAUGAAUGGUUGUGCAAUGGGUUCAAAGUCAAGGUUGUGGAAUAUAUGAGUGAGGUACUUAGGACGAAAGCAACACUAUGAAUGUAACGGAGAGUAAAGUUUACCUAAUGACACUGAGUGUUUACAAACCAAGAACCGGGCUGUAUUGUUUUGGAAGUAUUUUGAUUGGCUUGGGGAAAUGUGAAGGGGGUGCUUGAAAUAUUCUGUAUACUGUACACCGAUAUUUAUUUUUUACAGUGCUGCAUUAGUUUGGUAUUUUUCUUUCCUACUUGCUCUUAAAUAUACACAUGGUCACUUUUGUUAGCCUAGAUACAUUCCACCAGAGAAUAUGUUUUCUGGUCCUAUGUGGUUAGUUUUAGUACAGGUUUUAUUAAUCAUUACAACAAACUGGAACUGGGAGAUCCUCAGUCUUAAUGGCAUCAUAUAACUGCUAUUGCAGCAGACCUAAUACAAUGUAUUUCAGGUUUGAGAUGUUUUAAUGAGGUGGAAAAAAGGAAACUUAAUUUUUAUAAACAAAGGAGUCCUAGGUAAAGACAUCAGUACAAAUAUUACCUGCAGUAGGCAAAAAUCAAAUAUACUUUACAGUGUUGUAACAUAAUAUACAACCAUUUUAAUUGUAGUCAUCUGUUUUUUUUACGAAUAACAAAUCUCUUAACAGGAACAGCUAUUCAGUUGAGAUAGAUGCCGUGGUGGCACGCACUUAUUUUUUUAAUAGAUCAUUUAAGAUAGCUAGGAGGUUAACAUGACGUAUGUUGCCAACACCUCCCCUUUGCCUUUUAAUUCCUUUGGCGUAGUAUAAUGUCCAUUUGCCGUAACUUACAGGAGGAUGUAUAAAAUACAUAAAAAUAUAUAGAAGUGGUGCUGAAAGUGGGACACCUCCAGAUUAUAUUGUGCUGCAGUAUUGUACCUUCUGUUUAAGGGACCAUACUUUUCAUGCUUGUAUUUUGUAAACAAAAUAGUUACCUGGAAUGUCUCUGCCAUUCACCUUUGAGAUUCCAAAUGCUGUUAUCCUGUGAUAAACAGCCAUGGUAUUGUUUACAUAAACAAACGUCACAAAGCGAACCAUUCUCAGUUUGGAACAGCCUGUCGGGGAAUGACUGGUUCUAAUGAAGUCAGGCUCUGAGUGGAAUCCGCACAUGACUGGCUUUUUAAAAAAUCCAGGAGCUUAAAAAAAGGAAGAAAAAAAAACUUGUGACAUGAUAGCUAUAAUUAGAGAACAGAUUGAGUGUACUUGAAUAAAACCGUCUCCACUGCUAAUAUAAAAACCUUGACUCCAUCUCAGGUUUUAUGUGCUCAGAAGACUGUUCUUCUCGUACACUUGAACUGCCCUGUAGUUAAUACUUAAGUGCUAGCUGCUCAAGUUAUUGCUAUAAAACAUUUUCUAUAGCAAUAAUGGGAAUUUCAGCUGUUAAUGGUGAUCAAUUGACUUUUCAUCCUGCUAGUUUGCUUUAACAGGAUAUGGGAGGUGAUAGAAUUUAAUUAUUUGAAGCAUGUUUUGUUAAAAUAAAACACAGCUAAACGUUUUUAAAAUGUGUUGGCAUGCAAUGUAUAUCUAAUAGUAGCCUUUUAUUUGUGUUAUUGCAAAGAAAUUGUAUCGUUCUAAUUUUUCUAUUAUUAUGAUUAUUUAAAUAGCUUUGUAGGUGUUUAUGCUUUGGCAAGUCCGUGGAUUGAAGCUUAUUUAAUGUUGCUAAUAACUUUACUGUGAUGGAUAACUAAAUAGUAAGUUAUUGCUUAAUAUUUUUAAACAUACUGUCCUUCAGUGAUUUUAACUUUUAUGUAUUCCUGCAAUGGAAAUAAAUAGUGAUACCUUCAGAACAUGCAAUAUCCAUUUUUACCAACAUUGAAUAUUGAUCCUUGAAAAAGAUCCUGCACUUACAUCUGGGGAUUUGCCAACAUGCAAGUGAUAUUGAGACCUGUUAAAGAACCAAGCAUGAAAUCAGUACCCCUGUUCUGUUGUAUUGGAAGAGGUUACCUUGUAGGGUCAUCUACUGUAUGCUAUGGUUUUGUUAAUAUAACCAGUUAACUAAAAACUUAGAAAUAAUGAGAUAGCAGCUGUUGACACAUGUGUUUUCUUAAUAAGAAAUCUGUUGUAUUUUUGUAAAAUCAUUACAGUCAUAUACAGUUUAUAUAUAGUUAUAUAUAUUAAUAAAGGCUAUUUUAAAAAGUG